CCUUUAGAUCUCUUGGUGUAACAGCUAAGGGGUUGGGUUGACAGACGCUGGACCUGGGUUCGAGUCCCGGUCAGGACUAAUCCCAACACCUAGCAACCUCGUCAAGACCUUUAGAUCUCUUGGUGUAACAGCUAAGGGGUUGGGUUGACAGACGCUGGACCUGGGUUCGAGUCCCGGUCAGGACUACCACCCCCCAGAGUUAGCUAUACCAUAACCCACCCCCUUCCUUUUUCUCCUCUCAGAUCCAAAGUUCGAGGACCAUGGGAGGUGCGGUGGUGGACGAGGGACCUGGGGGGGUGAAGGCACCAGACGGGGGGUGGGGCUGGGCUGUGCUGUUCGGCUGUUUCGUCAUCACUGGGUUCUCCUACGCCUUCCCCAAGGCUGUCAGCGUGUUCUUCAAGGAGCUGAUCAGAGAGUUCGACGUGGGGUACAGCGACACAGCAUGGAUCUCAUCUAUACUGCUGGCUAUGCUGUACGGCACAGGUCCUCUGUGCAGCGUGUUGGUGAAUCGUUACGGGUGUCGUCCGGUGAUGAUGGUGGGGGGACUUUUUGCCUCUCUGGGGAUGAUUCUGUCGUCCUUCUCCACCAGCAUCAUCCACAUCUACCUGUCUACUGGAGUCAUUACAGGUCUGGGCCUGGCGUUGAACUUCCAGCCGUCUCUGAUCAUGCUGAAUCGCUACUUCAGUGAGAAGAGGCCCCUGGCUAACGGCUUGGCUGCUGCUGGGAGUCCUGUGGCCCUCUGCUGCUUAUCACCUCUGGGACAGCUGUUGCAGUACCAGUACGGUUGGAGAGGAGGCUUCCUCAUCCUCGGAGGGCUCCUGCUCAACUGCUGCGCCUGCGCGGCCCUCAUGAGGCCCCUAGUGGCCCCUCCUAAACCCCCCCAGCGGGAAGACGUAGAGAAGGAGGGAAAAGAGUUGGAGGUAGAGAAGACCCAGUCCAAACCCAAACCUCUCCUGGACUUCAGUGUGUUUAAGGACAGGGGUUUCCUGAUCUACACCAUAGCUGCAUCUAUUAUGGUUCUGGGUCUGUUUGUACCGCCAGUGUUCGUGGUGAGCUAUGCCAAAGAGCUGGGCAACGAAGACACCAAGUCGGCCCUCCUCCUAUCCAUCCUCGGCUUCAUAGACAUCUUCGCCCGGCCCACCUGUGGCGUCAUCGCUGGGCUGAAGUGGGUCAGGCCCAGAGUUGUUUACCUGUUCAGCUUUGCCAUGAUCUUCAAUGGAUGCACUGACCUGGUGGGAUCUCAGGCGAAGGACUACCCGUCUCUGGUGGUGUUCUGUGUGUUCUUUGGGAUCUCCUACGGCAUGGUCGGGGCGCUACAGUUUGAGGUUCUCAUGGCGAUCGUUGGCACGGAGAAAUUCCCCAGCGCUAUAGGACUGGUGUUGCUCAUGGAAGCUAUUGCUGUGCUGGUGGGACCACCAGGAGCAGGUCGGCUGCUGGACGCUACUAAGAACUACAUGUACGUGUUCCUGCUGGCAGGAAUUGAGGUGGUCCUCGCCUCCGUGGUCCUCGCCACGUGUAACUUCCUGUUCAUCAGGAAGAAGCCCUCGGAACCCGCUGCGGAACUGGAGAACGGAACGGUUUCCGCGGAAAUGGAGCUUCUCAACAAGCCUGUUGCCGCUGAGGAAGAGGAGGAGGAGGAAGUAGAGAAGGGGGAGAAAGAGGUGAAGGAGAUGAAGGAGAAAGAAGAGAAGGAGAAAGAGGAGAAGGAGAAAGAGAAGCUGAAGGAGAUGAAGGAGGAGGAGAAAGAGGAGGCGAAGGAGAUGAAGGAGAAAGAGGAGGCGAAGGAGAUGAAGGAGAAAGAGGAGGUGAAGGAGAUGAAGAAGGAAGCGGUUGAGAAAGCAAAGGAGGACGAAGAAGACAGUGAGAAAGAGAAGGAGGAGAUCAGGCCUGAGAGCGUAAUGGUGGUCUCAGAAGAAGAGGAGGAGGAGGAGGAGAUCAGGCCUGACAGCGUAAUGGUGGUCUCAGAAGAAGAGGAGCGCUUCCUUAAAGAACCAGAUGAACAGAAUGGGGCCUUGCUCUCCAGUUCUGAGACACGUCUGUAGGAGGAAGAGAACCUGGCACAGGACAAACUACAGACUUUAAACUUAAACACUGCCAAGGGCACUUUAAAGGGCACUAAGAAUUGUACUCCGCAGUGUACUUUGAAGGGCACUAAAAAGUGUACUUAGAAGUGGGCCAAGAGGGUGCUUAGAGAAGCAUACUGGGGAAGACACAGCUGGUCCUAGCAGUAUCCUCCUGUAUGUAGUUGAGGUGUUGUUGUGUUGUUAUGUUGUGUAGCUGUUCUCUGUGGGCUG